AUGGACCACCUCCGUGAUUCUCUGCUGAGCUCUCUGCCUAGAGACACGCCGUCUAUCGCAACAGUCGACCAUGCUCGCAGGGAUCAGGAAGAUACACGCCAGUCUGUCGCUCGGGGUGAAUUCAAAGAGGUUCGAGAUAUAGCCUUCAGCAACCGGACCUGGGUCGUUACCAGCCGAUACUGCGAUAUUGGAGAUGGUGUAGACUCCCUUGAAGGCCACAUUCAUUCCCUGUGGUAUAUGUACUACGAGCUUGGCCGAAACAUUUCCUCCGAAUCACCUGAACAUGAGGGAAUAGUCCUCGAUAUUCUCCGCAUUCAAGGAAUGGGGCCGUUGACUAGACCUGCACGCGGAGUCUAUGGGAUUGACAUCGCAAGAACCGUCGACGGUACACUGUGGAACGAUCUCCCCUUCUUGGUUGGCGAUAUGACCAAUUUCUGGGUCAAUCACGGUGCAUCUAUGUCGGGAACACACCGUCUCAACUUUGCAACAUUUCUGGCUAAACUUGCAUCCACCCGUGUCGCCAAGGAUAGGCUAUGCCAAGUUGCACUUCUAAUCUUCCGUACUCUCUUUGAAAGCCUUCAAGCACUUCGCACUGGGGAAGAGUCAGACGAGGAAGACCUCAACCGGGGCACCAAGCAGCUUGAGGUCUUUCAUUUAUUGCCAGCUGCUGUUGCUUGGCUGAAAAUAGCAAGCCAAAACCUCCUCUUGCUAUCAGACAUGUAUUGGAACGACUGCCCUAGCCACAUCAGCAAGGGUGGUAGGGAGUUCCUCGAAUCGGAGCUCGGACAGCGAUCACCUGCUGGGUUCUCGCCAUGGAGAUACAUGUUCUGGCUGAAGCGACUUCAUGAGAUUCAGGAAGAAGCCAAGGAGGCCAAUGAGAAAGCCCUGGAGGAGCUUGCCACUGAUGGCAUCCAGUACAUGAUCAACACAAUCAAGCAGAGGAAUGCUGAAGUCCUCAGGGCUUACAAGAAUGGUGGCGAUGCCCUGCAUCAAGAUAAGCAUCUUUCGUGUCUGAAGCCCUUUGCACGCAUCGAGGAGCCAGAGUCGUGA